AAUCUGGACAACGUGCGGCAAACCCCAGCAUGCGUGUGUCUGUAUCAGAAGAUAGUGUGGUGGGAUGCAGACCUGUGUUCCAGGGAAACAAGUGAACAUCUUUUCCCUUCAUCGGAGUUCAUUCUGUCACCGACUGUCCUGAGGGGAACAGCAUACUGGUGGUAAAAACGAUUAUCUUUAAAGACUCAGGUUUCGUUGAUUCACUCACUAAAAUGAAUCGAGUCAGUGAUUCUUUUAUAGCCCUCAUUUCCUGUACAAACUCUAAUUAUGGUGCUGACCAUGUAUUGGACUAUACAACUGCUUGUUUAUGACAUACUUGACUUCAGUGAAUUCAGUAUGUAUCAGAAAACUGUAGACUAUAGACUCAGAAACUGUGACAGAUUAAUGAAAUUAAAUUAUAUAAUGAAAUUAUUACUGGAAUAUUACUUUACAAUAUUACUGGAUAAAUCAUCACGUAGUCUACAAUGUGCUGAGUAUGCUAACAAAACUCAAGUCUGACUCAUGGUCAGUAGGUCUACUUCAUGCUGACCGUGGGCUACUAAAUGUAAGAGUCUCAGAUGAAUCAGUCGAUGAACCGGAUCCGCGAGUCCGCUGAGAAUCAGCUGAAUCAGUCGAUGAACCGACUCCGCGAGUCCGCUGAGAAUCAGCUGAAUCAGUCGAUGAACCGAGUCCGCUGAGAAUCACCAGAAUCAGUCGAUGAACCAACUCCACGAGUCUGCUGAGAAUCAGCUGAAUCAGUCGAUGAACCGACUCCGCGAGUCUGCUGAGAAUCAGCUGAAUCAGUCGAUGAACCGACUCUGCGAAUCCGCUGAGAAUCAGCUGAAUCAGUCGAUGAACCGAGUCCGCUGAGAAUCACCAGAAUCAGUCGAUGAACCAACUCCACGAGUCUGCUGCGAAUCAGCUGAAUCAGUCAAAGAACUGGGCUCCUUUUGGUCACGUCUAACCAGAAAAAAUGCAUUGGGAGAGUUGAUAAAAUUUGGGCUGGUUUUUGAAGCCACAUGCAGGUUUUUAUUUUUGACUAUAAACAUGAUGUUUUAAUAUUUUUUUCAUUCAAACGAACUUCACAAUAAAGUAUAAUAUGUAAUGUUGAGGAUUUAAUUAUAUGGUUCAGUUUAACCAAUCAGACUUCAAUCCGGAUUAGUGUUCUUAUCAUCAUCAUCAUCAUCAUCAUGCCAAAAUGGGGUAAAUAUAGAAAAUCCUACAGUAAAGAAUGGGAGAACGAGCUGUUCUAUAAUAUUUCAGGAGACGUUUUCACCAGUUCUGUGAAGAUUCUCUGCAUUAAGUCCCUAUGAAAAGGUAUAAAUGCUAUAAAAUUCUGAUGUCAUGUUUGAUACUUAAAUAAAACCUAUACAGGUAGUGUGUGUGUGUAUGUAUGUGUGUGUGUGUGUCUGGUAUUUUUUGAAGUGGGCGGGGUUUAAGCUGUAAUUGGGCUGGAACUCUUCAGUCCAAUCUGGCAACCCUGGUCAUCGGAGUUCAUCCUCAGCGACCGUCCUGAGGGGAACAGCAGCAGCUCACUUCUGGCAGCGAACUGAACAUUAAUCUACUUUACUAAGAUCCUUCUUCUUUAACAGACCCAAGAUGGAGUCAUCUCCAGGGCAGGAUGUUCCAGAGCCUGGAAUGUCUGUGACGGAUCACCUCCAUCCUGUGAGUCAAGUCACAAUACACAAACGGCUUCAAAUGCAGUUUAACUGCUCAGACUGUGGGAUGAGUUUUCAGUGUCUGAGUAUUCUCGAACAACACCGGCUCAUUCACACAGGAGAGGAGCCGUAUCACUGCUCACAGUGCGGGAUUAGUUUUAAGUAUCGGAGUACUCUCAGACAACACGAGCGCAUUCACACAAAAGAGAAAGCACAUCAGUGCUCAGAGUGCGGGAUGAGUUUUGAGUAUCGGAGUACUCUCAUACAACACGAGCGCAUUCACACAGGAGAGGAGCCGUAUCAGUGCUCAGAGUGCGGGAAGAGUUUUGAGUAUCAGAGUACUCUCAGACAACACGAGCGCAUUCACACAAAAGAGAAGCCGUAUCACUGCUCAGAGUGCUGGAAGAGUUUUGCUCAGUUGAGUACUUUAAAAAGCCACCGGCUCAUUCACACAGGAGAGAAGCCACAUUACUGCUCACAGUGCAGAAAGAGUUUUAAGUGUCUGAGUGCUCUCAGACUACACAAGCGCAUUCACACAGGAGAGAAGCCGUAUCACUGCUCUCAGUGCGGGAAGAGUUUUAAUCAUGUCACUUCUCUCAAACGACACGAGCGCAUUCACACAGGAGAGAAGCCACAUCACUGCUCAGAGUGUGGGAUGGGUUUUAAUCGUCUGAAUUCUCUCAAUCAGCACGAGCGCAUUCACACAGCAGAGAAGACGCAUCACUGCUCAGAGUGUGGGAAGAGUUUUAAUCAUAUCAGUACUCUCAAACGACACGAGCGCCUUCACACAGGAGAGAAGCCACAUCGCUGCUCAGACUGCGGGAUGAGUUUUAAUCGUCUGAGUACUCUCGAACAACACCGGCUCAUUCACACGGGAGAGAAGCCACAUCACUGCUCUCAGUGCGGGAUGAGUUUCAGUCAUGUGAGUAUUCUCAGUCAACACAAGCGCAUUCACAGAGGAGAGAAGACAUAUCACUGCUCAGAGUGUGGGAAGAGUUUUGCUCAGCAGAGUUCUUUAAAAAGCCACCAGUGCAAUCACACAGGAGAGAAGCCAUAUCACUGCUCAGAGUGUGGGAAGAGUUUUAAGUUUCUGAGUGCUUUCAUUCAACACAAGCGCAUUCACACAGGAGAGAAGCCAUAUUAUUGCUCAGACUGCGGGAUGAGUUUUAAGUUUCUGAGUGCUUUCAAUCAACACCAGCGCAUUCACACAGGAGAGAAGCCAUAUCACUGCUCAGACUGCGGGAUGAGUUUUGCUCAGCUGGGUAAUUUACGAAGUCACCAGUGCAUUCACACAGGAGAGAAGCCAUAAUCUCACCAAGGCAUCAGCUACUGUAGAAUAAAUGUAUAGAUAAAUUUGCAUUGUUUCCUGUUUUUGGAUGUAAUAUAGUUCCCUUUCGAGGGAACUUGAUGCUACGUCAUGACUGAUGCUGUGGGAACACUUUGUCAAGGAAGUGUGUCUGAAGGUCUGUGUGCACAUGCCAGUUCACUGGCUCGGAUAGGACACGUGACGGAGGAAUACACGCCAGCAUGUCCAUAUAAGGGCAUCAUCAGUCAUGACGCAGAGUCUCGUUCUACAUACGUAACCUGUUGUAGUUUUUGAAUAUGAUAUAAACAAUAAAAAGAACUGUCAAAGCUUUUUUGUCAUUUUA